AUGUGUUCCCGGGUGCGGGAGUGUGACGGUGUACCACUGGCCAGGGGCCCGCUGGACACCACUGGCCAGGGGCCCGCUGGACACCACUGGCCGGGGCCCCGCUGGACACCACUGGCCGGGGGCCCGCUGGACACCACUGGCCAGGGGCCCGCUGGACACCACUGGCCGGGGGCCCGCUGGACACCACUGGCCGGGGGCCCGCUGGACACCACUGGCCAGGGGCCCGCUGGACACCACUGGCCGGGGGCCCGCUGGACACCACUGGCCAGGGGCCCCGCUGGACACCACUGGCCAGGGCUCCGCUGGACACCACUGGCCAGGGGCCCCGCUGGACACCACUGGCCAGGGGCCCCGCUGGACACCACUGGCCAGGGCCCCGCUGGACACCACUGGCCAGGGGCCCCGCUGGACACCACUGGCCAGGGGCCCCGCUGGACACCACUGGCCAGGGCCCCGCUGGACACCACUGGCCAGGGGCCCCAACGACCGCCAGUGGGCCACAUUGCCCACAAGAGUUCAAGCAGGUGUACAAGUGCUCAUAAUGCCACACCCACCAACACUUACAGAGCGCGGCAGCACAAGUUACCACGCAGGUAUGACACCAAUUUGUUACCAGAGCUGAGAGUCGGGAGUUUCAUGAACAGUCACGGACCCAAGCUGCAGGGACCCAAGCUGCAGGGACCCAAGCUGCAGGGACCCAAGCUGCAGGGACCCAAGCUGCAGGGACCCAAGCUGCAGGGACCCAAGCUGCAGGGACCCAAGCUGCAGGGACCCAAGCUGGAGGGACCCAAGCUGCAGGGACCCAAGCUGCAGGGGCCCAAGCUGCAGGGACCCAAACUGAAGGUGGGCGUGGGAGGUGGGCGUGGGAGGUGGGCGUGGGAGGUGGGCGUGGGACGAGGGGGGCGUGGGAAGUGGGCGUGGGAGGUGGGCGUGGGAGAUGGGCGUGGGACGAGGGGGGCGUGGGACGAGGGGGGCGUGGGACGAGGGGGCGUGGGAGGUGGGUGUGGGAGGAGGGCGUGGGACGAGGGAGGAGGCGUGGGAGGUGGGCGUGGGAGGACUGGUUCAAGAACCAGCCCUCGAGGGCCAGGACUGGUGCAAGAACCAGCCCUCGAGGACCAGGACUGGUGCAAGAACCAGCCCUCGAGGGCCAGGACUGGUGCAAGAACCAGCCCUCGAGGGCCAGGACUGGUGCAAGAACCAGCCCUCGAGGGCCAGGACUGGCGCAAGAACCAGCCCUCGAGGGCCAGGACUGGUGCAAGAACCAGCCCUCGAGGGCCAGGACUGGUGCAAGAACCAGCCCUCGACUGGUGGCCAGGACAGGACUGGUGCAAGAACCAGCCCUCGAGGGCCAGGACUGGUUCAAGAACCAGCCCUCGAGGGCCAGGACUGGUUCAAGAACCAGCCCUCGAGGGCCAGGACUGGUGCAAGAACCAGCCCUCGAGGGCCAGGACUGGUUCAAGAACCAGCCCUCGAGGGCCAGGACUGGUGCAAGAACCAGCCCUCGAGGGCCAGGACUGGUUCAAGAACCAGCACGUGAUGCCUACAAAGCUGCUGGUGUCAUCUAACAACGCAGAUACUGUUCUCAAAGCUCUGUGA